AUGUAUCCCACAACCAGAACCCCCGACGCGUGGAACAACGACGACAUGACGCUGACUGUCUGCGCCCAGUUGCAGAUCCGCUACGCCUGUGGUCACUCGACAGGUGGGGAGUUCGUCAAAUGUCAACGACACAUGAGAAGAGAGGAUGAACGCUGCAUUAGCCGUCAAAUCCAGCACAUCGAUGUCAAGGAGUCGGCACACAAAUGUCGCCUAUGUCUGCGCAGUGAAUGA